UUCAAAUGGAAAUGAUUCCUAUUGGCCCAAGGUGUCCAUGUAAAUAGGUGUAAAUGAAACCAGAUUAUGCCUUUCUUUCAGCCCACCCUCCUCCCUCUCUCCCUCCUCCCAAGGCGAUUGUCAUAUGAUAGCAAAGAAGUGGCACAUUAAUGAAGCGCCUCUACAGGGGUCUUUUCUGCUCAUGUCACCACAUAAAACUAUCAGAUGGUUAGAGGAAGGACAUGGAGGCAAGUACUUAGCUCAUCUCGGCUGCAGAGAAGCCAGCGAGCCCCUGCUCCGUUUCAGUUGCCGCUGGGGGUGAAAUAACCCGAUCCCUGAUUCCGCCUUCCGAGGAGAAGGGAGGGGAGCGAGAGGAUUCCCACAGACCAGCCAGCUCCCUGCCGCCUCGGACUAAAACUAAGCGGAGCGGCCGGAAAGGGAGAGUGAGAACCAGGAGGAAUCGGGCAAGGAGACCAGACUCGCAGCUGCAUCCCGGAUGCGGACUGUCAACUUCCAGCAACUUUAAGAUCUCGGCGGGUCCCCAGCGAAGAUGCCUCGCCCGGGCAGGAACACGUACAGCGACCAGAAGCCGCCCUACUCCUACAUCUCGCUGACGGCCAUGGCCAUCCAGAGCUCGCCGGAGAAGAUGCUGCCCCUGAGCGAGAUCUACAAGUUCAUCAUGGACCGCUUCCCCUACUACCGGGAGAACACGCAGCGCUGGCAGAACUCCCUGCGCCACAACCUCUCCUUCAACGACUGCUUCAUCAAGAUCCCGCGCCGGCCCGACCAGCCGGGCAAGGGCAGCUUCUGGGCGCUGCACCCGAGCUGCGGGGACAUGUUCGAGAACGGCAGCUUCCUGCGGCGCCGCAAGCGCUUCAAGGUGCUCAAGUCCGACCACCUGGCCCCCAGCAAGCCCGCGGACGCCGCCCAGUACCUGCAGCAGCAGGCCAAGCUGCGGCUCAGCGCCCUGGCGGCCGGCGGCACCCACCUGCCGCAGAUGUCCGGCUACAGCCUGGGGGUCUCCCAGCCCUCCGGCUUCAAGCACCCCUUCGCCAUCGAGAACAUCAUCGCCCGCGAGUACAAGAUGCCGGGCGGGCUGGCCUUCUCCGCCAUGCAGCCCAUGCCGGCCGCCUACCCGCUCCCCAACCAGUUGACUACGGUGGGCAGCUCCAUUGGCACCGGCUGGCCCCACAUGUACAGCCCCGGCAUGAUAGACACGGCCACCCCCAUCUCCAUGGCCAGCAGCGAUUACAGUGCCUACGGGGUGCCCCUCAAGCCCCUGUGCCACGGGGGCCAGACUUUGCCAGCCAUCCCGGUGCCCAUCAAACCCACCCCGGCGGCGGUGCCGGCCCUGCCGGCCCUGCCAGCGCCCAUCCCCACCAUCCUCUCGAACUCGCCCCCCUCGCUCAGCCCGACCUCGUCCCAGACAGCCACCAGCCAAAGCAGCCCCGCGACGCCCAGCGAGACCCUGACCAGCCCCGCCUCGGCCCUGCACUCGGUAGCCGUGCACUGACACGGCCAGCCCGGCCUGGACACUCCGCCCGCGGCUCGCUCCCAACUUUCCUCGGCGUUUUCUUGCUCCUCGAGAGGAGAGAAAACUCCCGGCGGGAACACUUGAGGUUUGCUAUUCCUGUGAGCGGUCUUCGCUUUGCCUUUCUGGCGUACCCUUGUUUAAUGGCUCGAGCCCCUGUCGGUUUGGGGGUUGUUCCUUAACUUAGUUUUAAACACUCGAAAAGUGUCUAGCCCCCUCCCCCCCGCCACCCCGUGUGUGUAUAAAGUGCCAUUUGCAUCACUAAGUUUCCAAAGGUACUUAAGGCACCUUCCUCCCCCCGAAAUGAGUGCUGGAGAGUUAGACAACCCUGUCACACUUUGCCCGUUUUCCUUCCUUUGUCUGGGAAGAGCAACGUUCUUCCACCCGACCUGUCUUUAAAACCAUCAACAGUUUGAAGUGGUUGCAGAUGGCUUCGUGAAAACAAUUAAUGUUUCCAGUUUCCAAGUGACAAAUCAGCUGGAUUUUGGAAACACUUAAGUUUCGUUUCAAAUUUAUUUUUUUACACAGAGUUUAAAGAUUGCAGGAUCUACACGAACCCCUCGUGAAUUACUUUUUAAAAUGAAACAUGUACUAUUAUAGAUCUAUCUAUCUCAUCUCCAUACAUAUCACAGCACUACAAUAAAAGUAUUAAACAGGUCCCCAUAACUUGAGAGCCAGCCAGUUACCAUCCUAUGACUGAAAAGUUCCAUUGGCUUCCGAAUAGUUUGUUUUGGGGAAGUUACACAGUGGAUACAGAUUUGUAUACAAUAAUGUGUAUUAAGUACAAAAGGACAGGAAACCAUGCAAAUGGCAAGACAUCCGUUCACACUGAAAACGUAUAUUGUUUACAAAACUCCUGCUCUAAUGUAAAUACUGAACUUCAAUCUGUCCUGUGAAUCAAAUGAGGUCCUCUUUUGCAGUACCUGUUGUCAUGUGGUUGUUUAAUUUUCAGGUGGAAGGGGAGGGGGAGUUAAUUUGUCUGUUAACCUUCUGAUUACUUCGAUUUUUUAAAAGCUAUUUAUUUAUGAUUUAAGAAAAUAAUUUAAAAAAAAUCCACUACCAAGCAGACAACCUAAGGUAGCUUAUGUAAAGCUGCUCAAGUCACUGGUGAAGUGUAGGGAAGUACCACAACAGGUUCAGACUAUGGGAGGUAUUCCUGUUUUCUGCUGGAACUUUUCAGACAAGCUGAGCGCGGACUGGGGAACACUGUAAAUGUCUGUGAAUAGGAAUGAUUAUCAAAUGUGUAACAUGCACUUUUGUUUGCUAUAUUCCUUUCUAGUUUUAGGUAGUUUGCUGGAAACCGAACUGUUGUGAACUGCUUAAGUUAAGACAAAAACAAAACGUUGUAGUGUUCAGCGCAGCUGUAAAGAAAUUCCUUUUUAACUCUUUCCCUUGUACAGAAUGAGCAUGACAUUUAAAUAUUGAUGUUCUUGUUACCAGCAUGCGUGUUUUAAGACAAAA